CCCAUGAGGAGACCACCGCCGCCAUGUCGGACCGGCUGGGCAAGCCGAGCUGUCUCAUCGUCGCCAGCGCCGCGGCCGCGGGUGUGUCAGCCCAGUCCUUCCUUCACUGCUUUACCCUGACGAGUUCUGCUUUUAAUCUGCAAGUUGCCACUCCUGGGGGAAAGCCAAUUGAUUUUGUGGAUAUGAAUGAGAGCAACAUGCGCUGGGUCCAAGACUUCCGUAUGAAAUCCUAUUCCAGCCCUGCUAAACUGGAGUCCAUUGAUGGUGCUAGGUACCAUGCAUUGCUGAUUCCAAACUGUCCUGGUGCUAUGACUGACCUUGCAAACAGUGGGUACUUGUCGAAGAUACUGCAGCACUUCAGCACUGAGAACAAGCCCAUCUGUGCAGUUGGACAUGGAGUCGCAGCCUUGUGUUGUGCCACCAAUGAGGAUAAAUCCUGGGUGUUUCAAGGAUACAGCUUGACAGGGCCCUCUGUGUAUGAACUAGUCCGACAGCCUAAUUUUGCCAGUUUGUCCAUUAUUGUGGAAGACUUUGUGAAGGAUUCUGGAGCUACGUUCAGUGCCAGCCGUCCAGAUGCUGUGCAUGUUGUACUGGACAGGCACCUGGUGACAGGACAGAAUGAGAAUUCCACUCUUCCUGCAGUCCAGAAUCUUCUCAUCCUUUGCAAUGUCAGGUGAAUGUGUGUUAGAAGUCCUUUCCUGGCUGUGGACUAACAGGUCGUGUCAUGUUUGGAUGUGUUUCCUUCAGCAGGAAAUGAAGGAGCAGGUCUCUUUGCAUAGGAUGGAUGAAGAGCCAGCAGGUUAAGGAAUUCCUUGUCUGUGAACUGGAUAAAACAUCCCUCUAAAUUUGUCCUGGAUUGUGGAGUGGCUGUGAAAGUGAAGUAACAGUGUCAGGCUUUGCAUAGAUGGAAAGGAUGAAGGUUGUGACUGAGAACUUUGAAGUACAUCACACUUUAGAAGCAAUGAUGAAACCAUCUUGUGUUUUUGUUGCUGUAUCUUUUUGUUCUGCUGCUUCUCUCUAGACCAGAGAAUUUCCAGAUGUGGGAAUGUCCUUUUAAAGGAAAGUUGGUGCUAUGACUUCAGAUUGCUGAAGACCUUACUCUGGGUUGAUGUUAUACUGAUGGUUAGUAACUGCCCCGAAGAGCACUUGGAACAAUGUGAACCAUGGGGUGUUCGUGUUUCAAUAGCAAUAUCUACACCCAGAGCUUGACUGAAAUGCAAUUCCAGAUGCAGGGAAUGAAGGGAACCACCUUUCAUGUGAUUACUGUCUGAACUCUGAAUGUGUUGGGCACUUGGAUGUGCUUGGAAUAGGAUGGAAAAUGCUCUGCUGCUCUCUGAAUAAAGCUGAAGAGGUUGUUUGCA